AUGGGGACGCCGAGCGGCCGGGACGAGGGGUGCCAGCCGCCUCCGGUCCCGGAGGGCGACGCGGAGGUCCCGCCCCAAGGGGCUGCGCAGCCCCAGGUGCACCCCGAGGACCCCCACGAGCCGGAGGCUCCCGAGGCCCCGGAGGAGCCCCAGGGAGUGAAGGAGCUUCCGAGCGGCCGAGGAGCUGAGCAGCAGGCUGAGGAAGAGGAAGAAGUGGAAGAAGGCAGCAGCACGGAGAGCAGCCGCGACGCGGGGGAGGCUCCGCCCCCGGCACAGACCCCGGCCACGCCCCCCGCAUCCACCCAGCCUGGGGAGGGGGUGCGAGGGGCGGCGCGGCGGCUUCGAGAACAGCAGCUGGAGGCACUGACCCGCGUGGCCCUGAUGGAGCAGCGAGUGAAGGAGCUACAGCGCCAGAGGAAGGAGUUGAGGAUCGAGAUGGAGGUGGAAGUGGCCCUUCUGCGGGGCGAGCUGGCUGGGGAGCGGGUGGCUGCCCGGCGCGAGGAGGAGCAGCUCCGGGAGCUGCUGGGACAGCAGGGGGACACGAAGCGGGGCAGCCAGGAGCAGCAGGAACAGGAACAAAGGCGGCUGAGCCAGGAGCGGGAUCGAGUGGAGGGUCUUCGCCGAAGACUCCAGGAGGCCGAGGGACAGCUCGACUCCCAGCCGGAGGACCAGCGCGAGCGGCUCCUGCAGGGAGUACAGGAGAUGAGGGAAGAGCUGGAUAUGGCCCAGCGUGCCUACGAGGACCUCGAGUUCCAGCAGCUGGAGCAGGAGAGCCGGCGGGAGGAGGAGGACCAGGACAGCCCUGGGGCCUGGGCACUGGACCCCAAGGUCCGGGAACUCCAGGCCAGUGUGGCGCAGCACAGGCGCCGGAUCCAGGUCUUAGAGGAGCAGCUCAAGUCGCUCGGGGGGCAGAUGGCAGCUGAGAGCAGGGGGCUGAGCCGGAAGAAGGACGAGGCUCUUCAGGCCCUGAUGCAGGAACGGAGCCGCCUGCUCGAGCUUAAUUGCCUCCAGGGAACCCCGGGUGGAGACUUCUCUGAGUCCAACCAGGCCCUCACUAAGCUCCUGUUCACCCAGAAGACAGACCACCAGCUGCUGGUGCUCCAGGACCCUGCCACCCACACUGCCUCUACCACUUCCUCCUGCCUCUUCUCGGUCCACAGCUCCCUGCAGGGCUCCAUCGGCCUCCAGAGGACUGGAAGCCUGCCCCAGAAGAGGGGAGAGAGAGCCAGCCAGAGGGGGUCCCCCCGACCUCUGUCCCUCCACUGCACUGGACCCCUCGAGGCCUCGGCCCUCCCACCAGCCUCAGGAGACUCUGGAAGACACCCGCUCUAUCAGAUGCUGAACGGUGGCCCUGGGAAUAGCUGUGGGGCCCUCCAUCCAGACAUUGCCCGCAUGGAGCGGCUCCUGCAGCAGGCUGUGGCAGAGAGGGAGCGACUGCUCAAGGCCAGGGAAGGGAUGAGAAGAAGCAAAGAAGGUUCCUCAGGCCCUGCAGGACCUGCCGUCAUGGCCCCGCCCACGCCCCCACCCCGCCCCCCAAGCCCUCGGGUCUUGGAUCUCCGGCAGCACCUGGAACGCUGGGGCCACAGUCCCGAAAGCUGCCCACACCUAAGGGUGUCGGGAGGCUGCUGCCGCGGAUCCUUGGUGAAGAUGGGUGGCCGCAUAAAGACCUGGAAGAAGCGGUGGUUCUGCUUCGACCGCCAGGCCCGCCGUCUGGCCUACUACGCCGACAAGGAAGAGACCAAGCUCAAAGGCGUCAUCUACUUCCAGGCCAUUGAGGAAGUCUAUUACGACCACUUACGCUGUGCCUUCAAGAGCCCCAACCCUCGCUUGACGUUCUGCGUGAAAACCUACGAACGCCUAUUCUACAUGGUGGCGCCCAGCCCGGAGGCCAUGCGUAUUUGGAUGGACGUCAUUGUGACAGCUGCUGAUGAGAAUCACGCCCCCUGAGGGGCCCCGCCCUCUUGGGGGCGUCCCGGCGAGGCUCCGCCCCCGCCGCGCCACCCGAGGCCCCGCCCGCUGCGGGAAGGGCUGGGUCCGCCCUUUUGGAACUUACGGGAAUCCUGGAGGUGCCGCGGCUCGGCGGGCCUGAGCCGCGGUGUUUUGGGCUGCAGGUGCCUUCCCGCGACGGGAAGCCAGCCCUUGGGGCCCUGCCCCGGGCAGGAGGAAGAUUGCAGGGGCGGGAAGGAACUAUUUAUUGGUGCUCCUGCAAUACCGAAUUAAACACGGAGGAAGAC